AUUUUUGGGAGAUUGAGAAGUGAUCUAUGCUGGCACUGACAAGAUCCAGAACUAUUUCACCAGUUGUGAGUGGAGGACUUUUUAAAUUUUUUUUGAGACUGUGCGAUGAUAUAUGGCUGUGUUGAUAGAAGAUCAGAUUGGGAAGAAGCCAUCCCUUUACAUCAGUCACAGCCUCUGCACCACAUGGUAAAUGUCGAUGAUGAGAUUUGGGCUUUAGAAAUGAUAGGUGUAUGAGAAAGAAAGAAACAUUCACCAUCUCCAUAACGUGUCGUAAACACAUCACAGACAAAACGAGGGGCAACGCCAUACAUGAACUUUUCCGCCGGCUUGUGGUAAAAUGCAGUGGUCAGAGAAUGAAAAGAUUCAGUCCAAGCGGUCAACACUACCCUGACCCAUCAAAGCCCCCAGAAAACGGGACAGAAGAAAUCAGUGCAGACAACAUCAAUGAUGGAAGUAAAAAAGUAAAAACAUCACAGUCCUUUGAAUCACUGUUUGACAACGAAACUUUGAGUGACGUUAUUCUAAACGUCAAUGAUGGCCAAUUUGUGUUCAAUGGCCAUAAAAUGAUACUUGGAAUGAAAAGUGACCGAUUGGCUGCUUUACUAAAUGAAAUAAGUGGUUUGGAUUCAGAUGAAAAGCCUGUAUUGUGUCUUCACGAGUCUAUUGAGUGUAGCCUUGUGUUUAGUCGAUUUCUCUACUUUAUAUAUAGUGGCGCGGUUUGGCUUCACCGUGACUACGUGCUCCCACUUCACAAACUGGCGGCGAAAUAUUCGGUCAAGUCUUUAGUACACCACUGUCAGAGUUAUGUAACUCAGAUAUUACACAAUAUGAUGGGAGUUUACGAAAAUAUUCGUGGAUUUCAAGUUGAGGUUGUCUGUGAUCUUUAUGAAUGCAACUUAUUCCCAGAGGACAUUCGGAAUCUAUCAUUCAAAGUCUUGUGUGCCAAGUUCAAAGAAUUGGUACCAAGUGACAGGUGGCAAACCUGUAGCUGGCAGCUUGUGUGUGACCUUCUUCGGUCAGACGACUGCAUGGCGGAGGAAAAUCUGAUUCUCACCUCCGCCACUGACUGGAUGAAGAAAAACAACUUGAGUGAUAAGACACUUAUUGAGGAUAUUCUUGUUAAUAUAAGGUACCCAUUUCUUCACAGACGUAUUUUAUACCAACUACAAAAGAAUGGAGCUUUCAAAAACUUUCCUCAAGUACAGGACUUGGUCAAUAAUGCUGUACACUAUCAUUGCUUUAAAGACCUUCCUGAAGCCAAGGAGGAAUUUGUUGGAUUGCAGUAUACGCCCCGCCAUUAUCAAUCCCGAUCUUUUACCCCUAGUGUUCUCUCUAGUCGCUCUCAGUCCACAGACCAGAUCCCGAAUCUUCACCAUCUCCAAUCAAACAUGAUCACCAACACCACGCCAUCAUCCAAUCAACUCUCACACUCCAACAUGGAGCAAAACAUUCUUAACCACAGUGUUCUUGUACAGAGUCUUAAUCAACCGGUGAGCUUUGUUCAAAACUUGACUCCUUCACAGCUAGUUCAAAGCGUUCGACCAAAUGUGAUUCGUAAUACUGAGCCAGUGUCCAUGACCCCGGGAUUAAUUCCGUCCUCUAUUGUCCUGAACAGUAACAUAUCUCAUGGUCACAGUGACUCUCGUAACUCUUCAGCGGCAAGUGCUCUUCAACCUGUGACAUCACAGAUGACAUCAUCAGUGACACCAACAAUGCCACCCGCAAUGAACCUAGUGCAAAACAUUGUGUCUAAUAAUGCUUUUGGGAACCCUAGCUCCAAGACUGGGGAAAGUCAUCACGCAGGAUACAGGUGACAUAGCUCAUCAAGCUGAAUACAGAUGAUGAAGGUUACCACAAUAUGGUGUGGGUUGGAUCUGUUUAACCUGAAAUCACCUUAUGGAACUGUAGACAGAAUUUCAGUGCUAAAUACUCACAGAAAAUCACUGCUACAAGAAACUUAUGAGAAUAUUGUGCAUUUUGAUGACUUUGCUAUAAAGUGCUUUUGUUGAGGAGCAGUUUCACAGUAGUGUUUUAAAGUGAUUUAUUAACUACAAAUAAACAUCAUAUUAACAGAAAAGUGACAUUAACAGAUGUGACAUUAAGUGGGUUCCACUGUAUCAUUGGACACCAAUGUCUGCAGUGCUUUUUAAGCAAUUUUAACAUGGAUUAUGAGCAAAUUAUGUUUGAUAGGUUCAUUGCACCUUCAAUAAGGCGAUCCGUAAGGGGGAAGGGAAAAGGAAUUGAGAGAUUUUUUCAUAAAUACAUGAAUGUGUUCUAAGACAGAGUGAAUGGCUAUUAUUGUCUUUUUAUACAUAGUAUCACUCUGCCUGCUUAAUUUUUGAUGAUGGUGAAAAAACACAAUAAACUAUUUAAAAUUGA